GGUGGAUCGUAGAAAGUGGAAGUUGUUUAUAAAUUUAUUAAUACAGUUUAAUGAGUAUUCAAACUGCUUCAUUUUAUAAACGUACCAUACAGUGUCUGUGUUUCAUUUCUCUACGCAAUCGGCAUCGAAUUUCUCUAAAAUGUUUCUUGAAGUUCGCGUUUGUGAUUUCGUUUCAUUAAAUACAUCGCAAUGAUUAAUAUUUCGAAAGCCGUGCUUGUACUUAGUUUUCUCUACUUCUGCCAAAAUUUCUACGGAGGCUGGGCUUUAAAAUGUAAAUGUGAUAUUUGCAAAGACACAAAUUACACAUGCGAGACUGAUGGUUACUGCUUCACCUCGACAUUCCUGAAAGAUGGGGUAGUAAAGUAUAGUUACAGAUGCUUGGACACGUACAAUUUGCCUGAAAUAAUAGUGCAGUCGAACCGAAGCAUACAAUUUUGUAACGAUAGCAUAUAUGGCCUACAAAACAAUCCUGAAUACACCUCAAUGACAUCUAAUUGUUGUAACGAAAGAGAUUACUGUAAUGAUAGAAAAAUAACGUUGCUACCAGUAACCGGACCGGCACCGAAGUAUCUCACUUCCUUGGAAAUCACCGCCAUCAUAGUCAUACCGACUUUGGCCAUUUGCCUGAUCAUCGGCUUCGUCUACUUCUACCACACCUCGCAUCAAAGGAGAGGUUUGCACCACCACUUGAGGCACGUCGACGACAGCAUAGAGGCUCCCGAUCAUCCCAUACUGAACAAAGGCGUCAAUUUGAAGCGCAUGAUCGAGAUGACAACCAGCGGAAGCGGUUCAGGCUUGCCUCUGUUGGUGCAAAGAAGCAUCGCCAGGCAGAUACAAUUAAUGGAGAUCAUCGGCCAGGGAAGGUUCGGGGAAGUGUGGAAAGGCAAAUGGAGAGGUGAAAACGUCGCCGUGAAAAUUUUCAGUUCGCGAGAGGAGAGAUCUUGGUUCAGAGAAGCGGAAAUCUAUCAAACGGUUAUGCUCAGACACGACAACAUAUUGGGUUUCAUAGCGGCCGAUAACAAAGAUAACGGUACUUGGACGCAACUGUGGCUGAUCACGGACUACCACGAGCACGGCUCGCUGUUCGACUUCCUCGGCCGCAACACCAUGGACACCGGCGACAUGAUCCGCAUGGCGUUGUCGAUCGCCACAGGGCUGGCCCACCUGCACAUGGACAUCAUGGGCACGCAGGGCAAGCCGGCGAUCGCGCACCGCGACCUCAAAUCGAAGAACGUGCUGGUGAAGUCGAACGGCACGUGCGCCAUCGGCGAUCUGGGCCUGGCCGUGCGCCACGACGUCGUCACCGACACCGUCGACAUACCGUUGAACAACCGCGUCGGCACCAAGCGGUACAUGGCGCCCGAGGUGCUCGACGAGACGAUGAACGUCGAGCAAUUCGAUUCGUUCAAGCGGGCCGACGUCUACGCGCUGGGUUUGAUUUUCUGGGAGAUCGCCAGGAGGUGCAACGUCGGCGGGAUAUACGACGAGUACCAGUUGCCGUUUUACGACGCCGUACCGCCCGAUCCGACCAUCGACGAGAUGAGAAGAGUGGUUUGCAUCGAUAAGCAAAGGCCGAACAUACCGAAUCGUUGGCAGAGCUGCGACGCGCUGUACGUGAUGGUGAAAUUGAUGAAGGAAUGCUGGUAUCAAAACGCCACUGCCAGACUUACCGCGCUCAGGAUAAAAAAGACUCUUUCUAAUUUCAGGGCUUCGGAGAAGCUGAAGAUGUAGUGAUCACGGGUAACGUUUCGCUGAUAUUUCGGGUUUUCGCUAACGAGUAAAUUCAUUUCAACUAGUUUUUCUUCUAGGUUGUUACGAUUGAGAGAAUAUUAUCGAAACAGUCGAGUUCUUUUAUUGACUGUGAAAGUAAAUAGACUGUUCUUUUAUACGAACUAUAAUUUUAAGUAUUUUGUGUGAGCUUAAAGUAUUGUGUAUUUAAUGGUUUUGUUAGAACUUGUUUUAACAAUAUUAGAUGCUAAGAUUAAGCCACUCUUCUAUGUUCGUUGAUAAUGACGUAUAGUAUUUCCAAAGUUAAAUGAAUAUAGUAUAAAACCUUCUCCUCUUUAAUUCGAAACAGACAUUUUAUAAUAUCUAGGUCAACAAAAUUUCUAACACAACUAAAGUUCUUAAUUUUAUUGAAGGGGCUUUGGAAAUACUAUCAAAAAGAACAAUUAUUUAGCGGUUUGUUUGUUUCCAAUUUGUAUAUGCGCAGUACUACUCAGUUCACCAGUGAUAUUUUUAUUUAUUUAUAUUUUGUUACAUUACAAAUGCUGUUCCAUUUCCAUCUGGUUGUACAAUUAACGAUUCUUUGAGCAUCGAAAGCGAUUUUUCUUGAAUGAAAACAUCGUUAUUCGUAAAAAACUGAGCUGUCUUGAAUUCGAAAUCCGAUUUGUUUCAUCUCUUAGAUGUUGUUAAUGUUAAUUCUUAUAUGGUAUAUUUAAUAAUGCGUCAGGUUUUGUUCCUUUUGGUUACCCAGUGAAUUGAAGUCAAUUCCGAGUUUAAAAAAUUGUUAACACUUAUAUUUUAUUUUGUACAUAUUGUAAAUUUCUACUAAUAUUUAUAUUAUAACUGUACCUUUUUUACUGGGUGUUGACGAAAUUUUCGUUUUACACGUCACCUUAAUUCUACGAUAAAAAAGUACUGUUUUCUGUGUUGCAGAAAUACAUCUACCUCAUUUUUUACAAAUUAAUUAAUUGCAGCUUAUUUUAAUCGACUAUUAAUUACCAGCUAAUAAUUUUACAUAUUGAAUCAUUUUAUGAUAAAAUAUCAGCAAAUCGUAAUUUUGUGUGACAUCCAGUACUAAUUUAUUUAAUCGAUUCAAAUUCCUAUUCAUUCGUUUUUGCGAGUAUUUUGUUAUUGGAAUUGUAAUGAAAUAAUUUUAAUUUUGACAAUAAGAGUUUCUGUUAAAAAAAUAACCAUUGAAUAGGAAUUUAUGGUUUACUAUUUAAAACAAAGCAAUUCUUUACUGCACUAACUUCACGUAUUUGAGUUAGUUUUAUUACGUAUAUAGUUAAAUAUUUUGAGUAAUUAUAGGUAUUCUUAUUGUCGAUGAUGAUUCGUUGAAAUUCAUACAAUAAAUAUUUAAAUGCGAGCAAAUGUAACAAAUUUUUUGAACGAGUAAGCGGAAUUUUCCCGUUACCAAUCACCAUCGACGUAAGUUGAUGUAGUUGGCCCAUUUUUUUCAUGUUUGAGUUAUAAAUUUUGAACAUUGUAUAGCCUCAUCUCGCUAGGAGGUUUCCUAAUAAGUGGUGACUGAUCAACCAACUGUUAAAUUUACCGGCGGGAUAAGCGGUUGAUCGCCUGUUUACGCCUUUUUUUUGUUUAUCAUGUAAACGUGCGUGUCGCUGAUUUAUCGAGCAGACAUUAAACCGUUUCAUCGUUUAAAUUGCAUUCUAUUGGAAAAAAAUAUCUCGGAGGAAUAUAGUGUAUUCUCAUUCUAAUUUAAUAAUCGAGCUUUGUGUGAAUUAUAUUACAUUUUUCUGAUCAAAUUUGAUGCAUAAUGGAGUAUGUAAUCCAUUUUAAAGUAGAGUUUACGAUAUAAUGAUAAUAUAAAAAAUAGCUAUAGUAGUAGUAGCAACAUUGAACUAAUUAUUUUUCGCUCAAGAAUGUCUCAGUGUUCAGUACGUAGUUGACAAAACGACAAAAAAACUUAUAAAAGAGAAACCUCCAUAUUAUUGUUGAUAAUGUACAUAAAAAUUUAGCCCUCGAAAGGAAAAGUAGAAUAUUUUUUGAGGUGUUUUCUCGAUUUACGAACCGUUGUUUUUCAUACCCAAUCAUUUAUUUACAGUCUCGAUCUUCCUGAAAUAAUUUUUCAUUGAAGUAUUUAGCGAUUUAACUAUAUUAAUCGUGUUAGUGGCGCUUUGAAUAAGAUGUACAAGUAAAAAUAAAGUACAAAGCACUAGAUUUCUAAACACAAAUAGCGUUUGAAGGAUCGCAAGUCGAGGAAAGAUCGGUCGAGUUUAAAAGUAUAUUUUUUAAAUGGUUGACUUAAUUAUAUAAAACAGCUGUAAUUGCAAGGUACAAAUUCAUGUCAGAUUUUUAUACGAGUGUAAGUUUGUUGUAAACCUUUGUCAUUGUGAAUAAGAAUUUAAUCGUAUUUUUCAUUGAAUCCUGUUUACUUCAAUUCUUGCCAUUGUAAUUUGUAUACUAAAAUUUUUAAAUCGUAUGUACCUACACAUAUGUAUAUUGUUCCUUUAUGUAUUUUGCUUUAGAAAAAAAUUUCAUGGUGGAUUAUUUAUCUAGAAAAUGUGGUUCAUUAAUAGAGUAUAAGCUCUAAUAAUGAAUGAUAUUUAAUGUAUACUUUAAUUAGUGGCAGCUUGUAAUUGCUAAUAGCUUAUAGAUAAUAUAUUGGCUUGUUUCACGUUAAAAUAAUUUGGAAAAAUUUGGUAAAUUAAUUGCGAGGCACUUAGAAAAAAUUAGUACCCAACUUUUUUUUAGUUGUUAUGAAUCGUUUCCUAUCCACUGUGAAUUAUUAACAUUAACACGUAUAAUUAAGCAAAUUUUUCUAAAUGCAAACGUAACACUAAUAAGCUCCGUUUAUUUAGAAUACAAUUUCCUCAGGACGAAGAACACAAAUGCGUUAGGUAUACAAGUUUCUUUAAACUGUGAUUAAUUUCAUUUCAUACUUCAUUUUGGCAGUCUAUGUGAAAUUAAGGAUGGUUUACUGAUACUCAUUUUUAUGUACAGUGUUUUUUUAGCUUAAGAGCAAGUAUGUUAUAAUACUACU